AUGGAUUCCCCGUCCACCGAGCUUCCCAAACCGCCAAUCCCCUACAUCACGGGAUGGAAAUUUACCGUGCAGUCGCAUGAAUCUCCUGCCCCGACACCGGUCACUAGCCGGUGCUGCUAUAACAGCGAACCGGAGCGAGUCGAGAGGAAGGAACUCAGUCCGCUAGAACGAUGCCUAAAGAAUCAUCCGUUAGCAGGCCAAGAGUCAAAUCAGCCACCACAUCGCUUUGAUUUGAAGAUAGUCCAUCCGGUAAGAAUUGGAGAUGGCCACAACUCUCAGGUCUUCAUCGUGAAAUCCUUAGGGGAGCAUCCUUUACCAGAGGACAAAACACUGGUGGCCAAGCUAUACGACCCUCUUUACAUUGACGACAACGACGAAAUAAUCAAUCCAUUCAAAGCCGUGGAUCAUUUCUAUACCCAUGAAAUGCGCGCAUACGAUCUGCUGUCUAAAAUGCAAGGCCAUCUCGUGCCCCAAUAUUACGGGUCCUACAAAAUGGACAUUGCCGCAGACAGUUCCAGAGUGCGCGCCAUCCGUCUCAUCCUGAUCGAAUACAUCAUGAAAACUAUAAUCGACUUUGAAAGCACAGUAUAUCACCGGAAGAACAUCCUGCUCAGAGACAUGAGCCCUCGCAAUGUGAUGCUGUUGGAGACGACGGCACUCGAGCCUAGCAGACAUGUCAUUUUUGUCGAUUUUGCGGUCGCCUUGUUCAAUCGUAAACUGGAUCAUCCGCUUCCCAUCAAUACAGAUUUCUUCCUUGGCCAAUACAUGCCACCUCUGCUGCGCUGGAGCAUGACAAAGGCUUGGAAGUUCUUGGAUUGGAUUGAUUGGGAUCGGGAACCUUGGGUUGAAAAUGAGUAUGCUCAUACGGCUGGCACCAUCACUCAAGAGAUGCGGGAUCGUUUUUCUUUCUGCAAGGACAAAUCUUCAGGAGACCUUCGAAAUGUUAUCAAGACGGUCGUUGAUCUUCCCACAACCUAUACCCGGUCUCUCGGCAUCGCAAUAAAUGACAUAGAAUUCGAUAUUGUGGCCCGCAACAUCAUGAUUCUGAUUCUCGCUUUGGUUGUUGGAAAUGAAAGUGCAAUUGAUUGCAUCAUCCACCUCUGGUAUUCAGCGUCUAUGCACGACUCGGACUUGGAUAUUCUUUCCAAUCGGAUUCGGCCUCUGAUCCAGGGAGUCUGCAGCAAAAUCCAGACCCAAGCGGCCAACAAAUCGCGCCAACUGCUCCAAGCCCUUCGACUUCUUCGAUUUAGUCGAGAUGUUCGGAAUCAUCAGCUCAAACGCCUCACGCGCCACAUAUUCUUGCCUAGUGUGCAGGUACUUCUACCAAGCCGGCCCAGCAGCCUGGGUCUAACUUUGCUGUUGCUCUCGAUGAAAGUUGCUUCAACGACGCCCGUGGAUAAGGAUGACGCCGUUUGCUCAUCGCUUUACCAGAAGACGCUCGAAUUAUCGUCGGGCAUGGAGAGACUCGGAUUCUUCCGUCUUGAGCUGCUACAAUCUGCAAUUUUGAUCUCGGUAUACGAAACCGGUCACGGUAUCUAUCCGGCCGCGUUUACAAGUGUGGGUCGUGCCGCCAGGCUGGGCCAGGUGAUGGGCUUGCAUGAUAGGAAGAAUGCCUCUCAAAUUUUCGAAUCACCUAAUGGUGGAUCAUGGGAUCCCUAA